AUGGAAUGGCUAAACGGACGAAAAUCUGAUAUUGAAAAACAAGUAAUAGUGUUGGACGAUAUAAUCUCCAAGGCAAAUGAUUUGGAGAUAGAGUGGAAAGAAUUGCUACGUCCAGCAAAUGAUGGUGAAUGGGAGAAUAACGUUGCGUUAUAUGAAUUACAGAAGAAUGCUGUAUGA